AUGCAUCCCUCUCCGCGGAGACCGGCCGCUGCCACCUCCAGCCCUGCCAUGCUGCUGCUUCUCCUGUGCCUGGGCUGGGCGCCGCCGGGCUGGGGCUGGCCGCGGGGCAGCUCCCGGGGGGCGGCCGGGCUGCCCCCCAACGCCACCACGCCGAUCUCCAUCAUGGGCUUGAUGCCGCUCAGCCAGUCCGAGGAGGACCAGAAGAGCAAGAUCGGCCGGGGGGUGCUGCCCGCCGUGCAGCUUGCCAUGGAUCAGAUCCGCAACGAAUCCCUGCUCAACCCCUAUUUCCUGGACCUGCGGCUCUACGACACGGAGUGUGACAAUGCAAAAGGACUCAAAGCCUUCUAUGAUGCAAUAAAAUAUGGACCUAAUCAUCUGAUGGUUUUUGGUGGUGUAUGUGCAACAGUUACAUCUAUCAUUGCUGAGUCUCUAAAGGGAUGGAAUUUGGUUCAGCUCUCAUUUGCAGCAACAACCCCGGAGUUGGCUGAUAAGAAAAAAUAUCCUUAUUUCUUCCGGACAGUGCCAUCUGAUAAUGCAGUGAAUCCAGCAAUUUUGAAGUUACUCAAAUAUUAUCAGUGGAAGAGAGUAGGAACUUUAACUCAGGAUGUACAAAGGUUCUCUGAGGUGAGGAAUGAUCUGACUGGUGUCCUGUACGGUGAAGACAUUGAGAUUUCGGAUACAGAGAGUUUCUCCAACGAUCCUUGCACAAGUGUAAAGAAGCUUAAGGGUAAUGAUGUUCGAAUAAUCCUUGGCCAGUUUGAUGAGGAAAUGGCUGUGAAAGUUUUCUGCUGUGCUUAUGAAGAAGAAAUGUAUGGCAGCAAAUAUCAGUGGAUUAUUCCAGGGUGGUAUGAAAACCUUUGGUGGGAAUCCUGGAUUAAUUCCUCACAGUGUCUCACCAAAAAUCUUCUUGCAGCCAUGGAAGGUUAUAUUGGAGUGGACUUUGAGCCUCUCAGCUCAAAAAUGCUGAAGACCAUAUCAGGAAGGACUCCACAGCAAUAUGAAAAGGAAUACAAUGCUAAGCGUGGUGAUGGUCAAUCCAGCAAAUUCCAUGGUUAUGCCUAUGAUGGAAUAUGGGUGAUUGCCAAGACCCUACAGCGGGCAAUGAAGUAUCUGAAUAGUACCAAUAAACAUCAAAAAAUUGAAGAUUUUAACUACACAAAUCACAAACUUGGAAAAAUUUUUCUAGAUGCUAUGAAUGAAACCAACUUCUUCGGGGUAACGGGUCAAGUUGUUUUCAGAAAUGGAGAGAGGAUGGGAACCAUCAAAUUUACGCAAUUCCAAGAAAGAAAGGAAGUGAAAGUGGGAGAGUACAAUGCUGUGGCUGACACACUGGAAAUAAUCAACAACAGCAUCAGGUUCCAAGGACUUGAGCCUCCAAAGGACAAAACAAUUAUACAGGAGGAGCUACGCAAGAUCUCCCUGCCUCUCUACAGCAUCCUCUCUGCCCUCACCAUCCUAGGAAUGAUAAUGGCCAGUGCUUUCUUGUUCUUUAACAUCAAAAACAGAAAUCAGAAACUAAUAAAGAUGUCCAGUCCCUACAUGAACAACCUUAUUAUCCUUGGAGGGAUGCUUUCUUAUGCAUCUAUUUUUCUUUUUGGUCUUGAUGGAUCCUUUGUCUCCGAAAAGACGUUUGAGACACUUUGCACAGUCAGAACAUGGAUUCUUACAGUGGGAUACACAACUGCGUUUGGAGCAAUGUUUGCAAAAACGUGGAGAGUUCAUGCAAUUUUCAAAAAUGUAAAAAUGAAGAAGAAGAUCAUUAAAGACCAGAAGCUACUGGUGAUAGUUGGAGGGAUGUUACUGAUUGAUCUUUGCAUCCUGAUUUGCUGGCAGGUUGUGGAUCCUUUGAGAAGGACAGUGGAAAAGUAUAACAUGGAGCCGGACCCUGCGGGCAGAGAUAUCUCCAUCCGACCAAUCUUGGAGCACUGCGAAAACACCCACAUGACAAUAUGGCUUGGGAUAGUCUAUGCUUAUAAAGGGCUGCUGAUGUUAUUUGGGUGCUUCCUAGCCUGGGAGACACGAAAUGUCAGCAUUCCUGCUUUGAAUGACAGCAAGUACAUCGGAAUGAGCGUAUACAACGUGGGAAUAAUGUGCAUUAUUGGUGCUGCUGUUUCAUUCCUUACACGGGACCAACCCAAUGUGCAGUUCUGCAUUGUUGCUUUAGUCAUAAUAUUCUGCAGCACCAUUACUCUCUGCCUUGUGUUUGUACCUAAGCUCAUUACACUGAGGACAAAUCCAGAUGCAGCCACACAGAACAGACGAUUUCAGUUCACUCAAAAUCAAAAGAAAGAAGAUUCAAAAACAUCAACAUCAGUCACCAGCGUCAACCAGGCCAGCACAUCUCGACUAGAAGGAUUGCAGUCAGAGAACCAUCGCUUGAGAAUGAAAAUUACAGAGCUGGACAAAGACUUGGAAGAGGUCACAAUGCAACUCCAGGACACUCCUGAGAAAACAACGUACAUUAAGCAGAACCACUAUCAAGAUCUUAAUGACAUUCUUAGUAUACGGAACUUUACAGACAGUAAAGAUGGUGAGAAAGCCAUUUUGAAAAAUCAUCUCGAUCAAAAUCCACCAGCACAAUGGGGCUCAUCAGACCCUUCCAGAACAAGCAAAGAUCCUAUAGAAGACAUCAACUCUCCAGAACACAUACAACGUCGGCUGUCUUUGCAGCUGCCCAUUCUUCAUCAUGCCUACUUGCCAUCCAUAGGAGGAGUUGAUGCUAGUUGUGCCAGUCCCUGCGUAAGCCCCAGUGCCAGCCCUCGGCACAGACACGUGCCACCCUCCUUCCGAGUAAUGGUUUCGGGGCUGUAG